CAUAGUAGAUUAGGUCCAUCGAGUCUCUCCCUAUUCCAAUACUAAUUACUCGUAAUUCAUUUUCCAAAAUAAAUAAUUAAUGUUUAUUUCUACUCAUCGUCCCUAUACGUUCUUCACUAGAAGCUAGAAAGAUUAAUCACUCCAACUCCAAUUCCUAUAUAAAUGCAUGACAUUUUCUUUAUAUUAAACUUAAUAGUCCUUACAAACAAAUCAACUUUCUUUUGAUCAAAUAGAGUAAGAUUUCAACAAAUUAAGGCUAAUAUGGUAUCUGAUUCCUCUGAUGAUGAAGGUGGACGUUAUAAUCGUUACUACACUGAUGAUAGUGACGAUAACAAUGAACAUGAUGAAGAUCAAACACUUGAGCUUGCAAUAGAGAAGCUCAAGCUUGGUCCAAAAAAGAACAAGCUCAUCGUGUUUGGCCUUAAUGGUAUGCUUAUUCAUCGAGCUCAUAGAAGGGACAAGUCUAAAAUUCCUGAAAAUCGUCGGCCUGAUGGAGUAUAUAAUAAUGGCAACAAAUUAGUCUAUAAGAGAUCUUUCCUUUAUGAGUUCAUGAAAUUCUGUCUUGAGAGAUUUGAAGUGGGUUUAUGGUCUUCCGCUCAAGAGCAAAACGUUGAUUUGGUUCUGGAUUGCGCUUUCAAGGGAUUGAAGAACAGGUUCUUGUUUGUCUGGGACCAAAAGCAGUCCACUGAUACUGGAUUCAAAGCUCUGGAGAACAAAAGAAAACCGUUGUUCUUGAAAGAAUUGAGCAAACUUCAUUCACAUCUUGCUAACUCUAGCAGAGGAGCGCGAUUUUCAGAAUCAAACACUUUGCUUAUAGAUGAUGACCCAGUCAAAAGCCUUUGUAAUCUGGGACACACUGGAAUAUUUCCCGACACGUAUGAUCCAAGCGAUAGCCAUGACAAUGCUCUUGAUCCGAAGGAGGAACUAGGAAAGUACUUGGAAGGGUUGGCAAAUGCUGAAGAAGAUGAUGUUCCAACUUAUGUGAAAGCCAACCCUUUUGGGCAGCCUGCUAUAGGACCAGAUCAUCCUAACUGGGACUUCUACUCCCGAGUUCUCCGUCGUCUCAAGAACUAGCCGUACAUCUAAUCUUAGAAAAGGUUUGAGGGUGCUAAGCUAAGGUUUUUGGAGAGGGUUGGUUUAGUUUAUAUCCCUCAAAUUAUGUAAAUAGAGUAAAAUAAAUUUGGGAUUUUUAGUUUGGUGGUUUUUGCUUGAACUAUUGCAAGGAAUGUUUUGCUGAUCAUUAUUCUAAAAGCUUAAACUAUUGCAAUUUUCUCAUUUCGGUGAAUAAUAAGUUGCUAGUGUUUUAAUUUCCUAUAUUAA